GUUGUGAAGAGGGAGCUACUUUUAUUAGCUAGAUCACUUAGUGAACCUUCUUCCUGUUGCUCUGAGCUUCGACUAAGCCACGAGUCGCCCUCAGUCGGCAAUCCGUCAAAAUGCGAACUCGAUCGCAGCAAGCAUCGCCUGGCGGCUUUCUAUCCCUCGAUGACAGUGCUCCACGUCGGACAAGGUCUACAAGGAACACCUCGCAACCCAACGCGCAAUCUUCAUCCUCCACGCAAACCACAACUCGACCCAAAAGCCAAGGCACAACCAAAAAGACUACCACUAGCAGAGUCACAAAAACACAGACGCGAAAGGCCCCUCAGCGAGCGACAAGAAAGUCAACUCGCAAGACGGAGAAUCAAACAACAGACGGUAGCCAACAUGAAUCCCGUAACAAUGGAGAACGCGCCCAGAGCGCGUCCCUAGACGACAAAGAAAACCUCACAAAUGAGUCCCAGGACCCAGAUUCUGUUACACUGGCAGAUAGUACAGCUCUUUCAGAGCUGAAAAGCUCUUCACUUCCGCGUAAGUAUCCUAUGGACCCAAAUCACCCCCGUGAUCCAAACACCCCCAAACAUACCCCGCUCGGUCAGCGCUUCCUUCAGUGCACCGCCAAACACUGUCGAUCCCAAGUGGUACCAAUAUCAAAUCGACAAUACCAGCAUCUCUGAGCCAUCUUUGGUGGGGCCAACCACAGCAGAGUGGAGAGAGUCAGAUGCAUUAUCCCUUGCAGAGUUUACUACAGAUGACUUGAGUGAGGCGCCGGAGACUGACUUCACCACCACUUUUGCUGCUGACUCCGAACAAAGAAUGGUCGCAGAGUAGGAGCAGGUGGAGCCGUUAGUGGAACAGCUCAGAAGGUUGGCUAUUGCCGGAUUUGUC